AAAGUAAAAGGAGGACGAUGAGUGCACAGAUUUUGAGAUCACUUAGGGUAUAGAUUUUUUUUCUAGACAAAAAAAAUGAGAACGAGGAGGGGUCUUUGUUAUCCCACAGCCGAUGUUUGUUUAGAGAAGAUAGAUGUUAAAAUUUUGGGUUUCGCCGGAGAUAAUAUGGGUUGCCGGAAACGACGAAGGCUCUCGCCGGAGAGUUCCAGAAAGAGAGACUUUUUUUAUGCUUUGCCUGAUGAUCUUGUGAUUUCUAUUCUCUCCAAACUAAGCUCAACCGCCCGUCGCCCUUCCGAUUUCGCCAACGUUUUGGUUAUAUGCAAGAGAUUUAAUUGUUUAGCGCUUCAUCGUCUGGUAUUAUCCAAAGCCUCUCCAAAAAUGUUUGAGAUUAAAGCUAGAAACUGGUCCGACUCAGCUCAGAGGUUCUUGAAGAACUGUGCUGAUGCUGGGAAUGUGGAAGCUUGCUAUGCACUCGGCAUGAUUCUUUUUUACUGUUUGGAAAAUCGAGCGGGUGGAGCCUCUCUUAUGGCUAAGGCGGCGCUUAGCUCCCACGCACCGGCGCUUUACUCCUUAGCUGUGAUUCAAUUUAACGGAAGCGGCGGUGCCAAGAACGACAAGGAUCUUAGAGGCGGCGUGGCUUUGUGUGCUCGAGCAGCUUUUCUUGGCCACAUCGACGCUCUCCGCGAGCUCGGUCACUGCCUUCAAGAUGGAUACGGCGUCCGGAAGAACAUCGUCGAGGGCCGUCGGUUUCUUGUCCAAGCCAACGCUCGAGAGCUAGCGGCGAUUUUGUCAUCAACGGCGGCUGCUUCGAACAAAUUGACACGCUCUUGGCUCACAUGGAGCACACACCCUAUCCUGGCGGGUUGCCCGUUGCUUAGCGAUUUUGGUUGCAAUGUGCCGGCUCCGGAGGCUCAUCCGGCUAGCAAGUUCUUAGUCGAAUGGUUCGGCGCUCGGGGCGGCGUGCCAGGCCCGGGAUUGAGACUAUGCUCCCACGUCGGGUGCGGGAGACCGGAGACGAGAAAACACGAGUUCCGGAGGUGUUCCGUUUGCGGGACAGUGAAUUACUGCUCACGCGCUUGCCAGGCUCUCGACUGGAAGCUCCGCCACAAAGCUGAGUGCGCUCCGGUGGACCAGUGGCUCGGCGAAGAAGGCGAUGGUGGCGAGGGAAACGAAGCGGUAAAUGGGAACGAUGAAGCCGUCGCAGAAAAUUAAAAAAAAAGGCUCACGGUAAUUUAUUAUUUAGUUUUAACUUUUCAAGGCCACGGGUAAAAGAAAAAAAAAUGAAAAACGGGAGAAAUCGAGGCCAGUUUUGGUGGUAAAUUCGAGGUUAAAUAUCAAACUUCACCGACGACAAUGGUUGCCGGAACGGCGCAGUUCUAGUUCCAUGUGGGAUGAGUGCAUAGAUGGGGGCUUACUCUUAUCUUUUUU